AUGGUUACAAGCAGUUAUAAUAAAGAGAAGAUUAAGCCGCAGCCGGUCCAUUCAGCUCUUUCUUCCGAAAACCAGUGCCCUGUUUUUUAUCCUCCUCUUUGUAUCAACCCUUACUUCUGCUGGCGAGCUGGAGAUGAUGCCAGCCCGGCAAUCCUUCACCUGUUUAUGCUAAUUGAAAGUUCUGUACACAGCAUCCGCGUUGAUUACCUGACAUAG